AUGCGCCCUCUGCUGAGAGAAUACCAGGCGCCCAUGUCUUUCUCUUUCUAUUCUUUUCUACAUUAUCUCAAUUUUAUCAGUGAAACAGGUAUACAGCAUUUGUCAGAAUCCGUGUUUGUGGGGCUGUGCCGUAUAGUGGGGACCUCAGAACAGGUGAGGAUGCGGAGAGAUCUCAUCGACAUUGAUGAAACAGUGGCAAAUAAAGUAAGAACAAGUAACCAGGACAUGAGGAUGUGGAGUGGAAGUCAAAGAGAGGGGUUCAGAUUGAAAGGAUCUGAUGUGGAUUUUAUGUAUUGGUUUAACAACCACCCAGUGAUCUGGGACUUAUCUCAGACUCAAUUUUACAAUGUACAUAGACAAACCCUGGUUCUCUCUGUCUCUUCUGAAAGUCCACCCGGAUUUACUUUACUUCAAUUACUGACACGGAGAGCAGACAUCAGAGUUCUCUCAGCAUUAGUCACAGUGAAUGGUGGACUUUACAUAUCUAGUUCUAAAUACAGAGAGAUCACAUGUUCUGAGGUAGUCCCUAACUCUACAGUACAUGGUCCAUGUGGCAGUGGAACUGUAGGGUCACUAGAAUAUGACAAUGCCCACUGUUUUGCUUGUGACUUUUGGCCUCCGUCUGCCUCCUCGUGGAUAGACAGAUGUCACACAUGGCCCCAGCCACAGGUUGUAAGGGAUAUAGUCAGAAGUGGAUGUCACUUUGUAGCAAUAGGACACAAAUUAGGAAAUCAUGAAAGCAUUGAAUGGAGAAUUUCAUUUUCUCAGGCAGAACAAAUACUUGUGUACUCAAUGAAUCACUGUCAAUUCUUAACUUACGGUUUGCUGAAAUUGCUCUUAAAAGAAGUCAUUAACAAUGGAGUAGGUGAUAAUGAGAAAUUACUGUGUUCCUAUCACAUGAAGACAGCAGUUUUCUGGAUGAUUCAACAAAACACAAUACCUAACUGGUGUCCACAGAAUCUCCUGAAAUGUUUCUGGCACUGCUUUAAACUCAUCCUUAAAUGGGUGUAUGAGGGAGUUUGUCCUAACUUUUUUAUUCCAGAAAACAAUAUGUUUCUCAGCAAUAUCCACGGAGAAGCACAGAACAGAUUGUUCGUUAAACUGUUUGGUUUUUAUGAAAAAGGUUUAGCAUUCCUGCUACACAGUCCUUCAUUGAAGUCCUAUAUUACAAAUGUCCUUUAUAAUCCCAGACUCAGUAUUUGUACAGAUGAACACACUCUGGUAUCUGAGAUUAAGUUUGAUGGAGAAAUGUUUGGUGAGUUGAGUGACAAAUCUUCAAUAUCCCCAUCAAACCUCUACCUCAGUAUGAGGUACUUAAACACAAUAGAACAGUUGACAGUCUCGCCCCUGACACAGUAUCAAGUUCUCAUGUUACAGGUACACACAGCCUCCAUCCUCCACGGUGCUGCUUUUACAUUACAAAACAUGUACAGCAGCACCACUGAAAACAAGCAGAUGUAUAUUGCUGACAGAAUGUCCUGUCACAUGUUGAAACUAGCAGCCAAAUUUGGGUGUAUUUCUGACAGGUUGUACAUGGCAAUAUAUUAUUACAAAACACUCAGAUACACAGAAGCUUUGUCUGUAAUAGAGAUGACAAAGAUCAAUUAUCUGAGGGAUGACCGGUCAAUAGACACAGAGAUAUAUACCGAGGCUGUAGGGGGACAGUCCUUGUCUACAAAGUUAAGACAUACUGUAGCAUGGAAUGUCUUAUUAAACAACAAAAUAGUUUAUAUCAAUGAAUUAAUGACAGUGCAGAUGGUUUCCUUACAGAACCAUGAAAAUGUAUUGUUCAUCCCUCCCCUAGUUGUGUUACACAUGCUGGAGUUCCUGUGUUACAGACAUAUUGACACAAUGAGAGCACAAACAGCUCUUAAUGAUCUACAGGUCUUAGUUCACAAUCAGAGGUUGUCUGUGAACGGUAGAGACAUAUCAUGGCAGAUCCUGGGUAUCUGUCAACAGAUCUCGGGGAAUCUCCAGGCUGCUCUAUAUUCCUACUAA